AUGCUCCUAAGUCGAUAUUUUUUUGAUCUGGGCCCUGCGGGGAUUAAUAUUAUCGACAACAUAAUUAUUUAUUUUGCUAUUCUUCUUAUGGCAGUGCAAACAGUCGGACCUCUAAUAAAUUCUAUAAAAGAAGUUUAUUCUGUUUCCAAAAGAAGCAUGAAUAAAGAAAUUUAUCCAGAAGAAAAGAUAAAUAAAAAUGAGAAAAGGAUUUAUAUAAAUACCUGAACAGUGCCUUCGGAAGGACCUUGCCAACCAAAAUGUAAAAGCAAAAGUAUAAAUUAUAAAGAAAAUCUGAUUUUAAAAAAAUUAUAA